AUGCGUCUGCCUGCUAAAACAAUGCCUCUAGCACCUGCUAAGCAUGCUUGCCCUUCAGACCCUCAAGACGAGUCGCCCUUCUUCCGUCUUCCUCUGGAACUUCGUAUCGACAUCUACAAGAUUGCAUUUCCCCGGAUUAAUUCUCCACAGCUUGUCUACACGGCCGUAGAUAACAAGCUUGCAUUUCACGAAAUUGGGGAGGUCCCUUCUUCAGAUCAUCAUCUAAGCCGGAUAGUAUGCAAUGGGGUGUUUGAAGAUGAUGGCAUCGAAAUCCAAGCCAAACGCAGGGCUUCACAUGCAGACAACAAGCGAGUUCAAGCUCAGUAUCUUCGUCGUUCAGAAGAACUACUUUACCCGCUCCCUCUCCUGUUAGCAUGUCGCCGGAUGUAUGAGGAUGUCGCACCUCACUGCGAUCAGUCCCUUGCAUUCCAAGAUUUCCUAACCCUCGAAUGCUUCUUUGCAACAUUGUCGGGAGACAGCUCGAUCGAUGGUCUCUUAGACCGUCUGAACAAGGUCUCUCUGGACGUUAAGUUCAGCAACGCCAACGCCUUCAAGCCAUCAUCUAGGAAGAAGAUUCUUGCUAGCUGGACCACAGCAUGCAAGAAGCUCUCAGCAUUGAAAAGCAUACAGUGCUUUCAUCUCAGACUUGAAGUCCCUCUUUCGCAACGAAAUUCGGUGCCGGGAAACGUCCAUGCUUCUAUAAUUGAGGGACUGAAUCCUAUCGCCGCAUGUAUCCCAGAAGUCAAGGUUGAACUGAUGCUUACAUCGGUGGUUCAUCCCAGGUCUGAGCGGGUGUUGAUCUACCAACCACAACCAUCCAAAAACAAAAAGCUUGAUCCCAAUUUUGGGGUAUCAGGUUGGGAUACGAAAGUAUCAAGUUUGAACUCAGUGGAACGACUUGAUGAGGCGUGA